UUAUAUAUAUAUAUAUAUAUAUAUAUAUAUAUAUAUAUAUAUAUAUAUAUAUAUAUAUAUAGUCACAAUUAUAAAGGUAAUUGUGACUUUUUAUCUCACAAUAUGACUUUUGCAUUCUUUGGUGGAAAGCUUCCAUUCACUGAUCAUUUUCAUUUCACAGUAAUGAAAAUUAUCCUAUCUGGACACUAUCUUUUUUUAGCAUUAAAAAAUAGCCUUCAUUUUAUUUUUACCUUUGAUUUUAUGGUCAAAUACUAUGUUACAGUAUAUUGUUACUUGUCAUAUCUACUUUUGCUAAAAAUUUCACUUUCAGUUUAAUUUGAAACACAGGCUAAUGUUAGUUGUUACACAGAGACUAUUAUGAAAGUGUACCAUGUUACAAAAAAAAUAUUUUACUUACUUUUAUUGCUUAGGCCUAGUUAUGUUAUGCAAUAACUUGUAUAGGCCUAUGUAUCGUUUGUAUGUGCAGUCUACAAGUCAUUGCUAAAGGGAUCAUUUACCCAUAAGGCAUUUUAAACUUUAUUCAAACGUAUGUCGUUCCAGAUCCGUUCGACUUUCUUUCUUCCGCAAAACACAAAAUGAGAUUUGUCUCCAUCCACUUGCUUCAUUUUUUUUUCUUUUCUUUUUUUUUUUUUUUUACAAGCGAAUGUCGACUGACACUUUCAUUCUGCUGAACAUCGCAAUUGUGCCUCACGGAAGUCAUACGGGUUUGCAAUGACUUGAGCGUGAGUAAAUGACAGAACUUUAAUUUUGAGUAGACUGUGCCUUUAAGGAUUCUGUAAGUUCUGUGAGUUGUAGCAGACGCGCUUCAUUUCUCCAUUAAACCAGGCUGCCAGAGUGUUAUUGUGGGCGUUUCUUCAUUCCUGUCCAAUUUUCAGAGUUCAAAACUGAACAAAGGAUCUCAGUAAAUAAAUGUAGAGCAUUGCUGUAACCAGGAUCAAUGUAAAACGGACCUCAUCAGCAUUUUGUGCGUGAUGGACGAAAAAGACGAAGAUAUAGACACCUUUGACCCCAGCCUUCCUGAGGAGGGUCCAUCUGCGCCGCCCCCAGGCUGGCUGGACAGUGUAACAGGCUACGAAGAACACAAAGGCGGAGACUGUACAGAUCAAAUCUGUCCUCCUCCACCAGACUUUGUCCCUAAGCCUGAAAAUGACAAGAACGCCUCAGUUCCAAAUGUCAUGGUCCCCACCGUCUCAGAGGAUGUAGCAAGAGACGCUCUACUCCAGUUUGUGGGUAAAAAAUGGACAUACAGCAGCAAACCUGCCAAAAACCUGAUGUUCAAAGAGCUGAAGCCUUUUACAGUUUACCGUUACCGCUUGGAAACAUUUACAGAGUCCAGAUCAAGUACAUGGGAAUCGGAGCCGCACACAGGUCAGUGUGUGGAUGGGCCCCAGAAUGGAGUGAGUCCUCCACCAUGGCACGUCCAGGUGUCUUACCCACCCAAAUUCACUGACGCCGUUCAGAAAGUCAGGGUCCCACACUCUUCAUUCAUAAAGCCUUGCCACCGCUGUCAUGGUAACGGCAAAGUCAGGUGUACACACUGCCACGGACGAGGACUGACUCGCUGUAUGUUCUGUCACGGCUCUGGUCACAGUCGCAACCGACGGUGCACGACCUGCCAUGGAAGGGGAAGAAAAAGGUGUGUGUCUUGUCAUGGAAAGGGUUACAAAGGCUGUCUCACAUGUAACGGCCACAGAAACCUUGUGCAUUUCAUACAGCUUACCAUUACAUGGAAGAACCAGGUGUUUGAGUUUAUACCUGACCGGGUGCCUGAAUUCCCACUGAAGAAGUUUGAGAAGGUGUCUGGGGAAGCGUUCUUUGUAGAUGAAAACCUCCUGGUUUAUCCGAUAGAGGGCUUCCCUGACCAGGAUAUCUGCGAUGCCUCAAAAACAGCGAUUCAGAAUCACCUGCUAAAAUAUUCUGCUGUGAGCCGCAUCCUGCAGCAGCGUCAAACGAUCGAGCUGGUUCCUCUCACUCAUGUAUAUUACGCCUACAGUGGGAAAGACUAUGAUUACUUUGUUUUUGGGAGAGAAAACAAGGUUCACACUUCAAAAUACCCCACUUCCUGCAGCAUUUUGUAGUAACUCUAUUUUGUCCAAAAUCAUCUUAUAAUAAUUCAUACAUUUUUAUAACUUCUAAAUUACACAUUAUACAGUAUAUAAACUAUUUAUAUUUUAAUAUUGAUUAACUGAACAUUACUAAAUGCUUAGUGGCCAAAUAAAGGCCCUCUUCAUUCUCUCAUAUAUGCAAAUAACAGCAUGUUUUUUUUUUUUUUUUUUU